AUCGAAAUUCGCAAAACUAUUUUACCUAGAUAAUUAUAACAUUAAAUUUGUAACUUAAAUUAUUAACAGGUUUGAUAGCAAAAUAAUGUAUUUUCGUUAAUAUUACAAUUGCAGGUGCAACUAAUCGCAAAUAGAUUCUCAGAGCACGCUACUAAAAAUGCAUCAUUGUGUACGUACUAUUAAAGGAAUUAUUUAAGAAACCACAUAGUUGACGUUACUACGUAAAAGUUUUGGAUUUCUUUUAGUUGAAACCUCGUGCAGCAACAUGGACGAUUCAAGUAAAUUUCAACAGAUGCAAGAUGAAAUGUCGAGAUUUGAGGCGGAGAUAUCAGGGUCGGAUAUGGUCAUACGGCCAGUGAUUGGUGCUGGGACCUUCGGCGCUGUACAACAACAGCUUGAGCGUGCUGUGCCUCCUCCGCCGCCGCCACCGGCAUUACUGUCUCAGUUCGACCCAUCGGUUAUGGGAGCACGUUUGAUGUACCCAAAUGUACCACCUCCGCCACCACCACCGUCUAUGAUGGUGCCAGCUUCCGUACAAAGACUCCGACCAUCAGGACCACCAGAUCCAUACCCUGGACCUAUGCCAUUUCUAAGGCCAGGCUUACCAGGUCCCCAACUGAUCCCACCUCCACCUCCUAAACCUCAGCCUGUGGUCCUGUCGGCAGCGCCCAAACUUUAUAAACCAAAGCCUAAAGAUGAUGAACUGAAAAAGGAUAAACAUGAGAGUAAAAAACGGAAACGCGAGCGCGCCCCGUCGCCGGUGCGGAUCGCGGUGCCCGAAACGCCGCCCGCGCCUCCGCCGCCCGCUCCCGUAGACGUAGCCGUGCCCAAGGGGAAGAAGGAGAAGAAACACCGAAAGGUUGUGAGGACAGCCGGUGGACAAGUUUGGGAAGAUGUGACUUUACUGGAUUGGCCAGAUGAUGAUUUCCGUAUGUUCUGUGGUGAUCUGGGAAACGAUGUGACUGAUGAACUUUUGACACGAACGUUCGGUAAAUAUACUUCGUUUCAAAGAGCUAAGGUUAUCAGAGACAAACGCACAAAUAAGAGCAAAGGCUUCGGUUUCGUCAGCUUUAAGGACCCAGGUGACUUCAUAAAGGCCAUGAAAGAAAUGGAUGGUCGCUACGUAGGCAGUCGGCCGAUCAAGUUAAGGAAAAGUACCUGGAAGAACCGAGCUCUGGACGUCGUGCGAAAGAAAGAGAAGGAGAAAGCGGCCCUUCUCGCUCUCCUCAUGUCCGGGAACAAGAGCUGACAGAUUUAAUUUGACAUUGACAUUAAGUUUGUCAAACAAAAUGCAAUGUUUUAGUUUUAACUGCACUUAGCGUGAAGUAUAAAUAACAAUUAUUAUUAACUAAAA